ACGAAGAAGAAACGCUCCCAGUGGGCGGGAAAUACUGUCGGAAUACGAACUGAGUGAAGAGUGUUGGUUUGUUGCUGCAGCUGAAGCGCUACAUCGGUAGCAAAUUAGUUAGUGUUAUUGCUAAUCGUUAUUGACGGGAGGAUGGUUCAAAUAAUGAUCAGAGGCAGCCCGGAUGGCAGCAGUCCCCCCGAGUGGCUGGUGGUGGAAUUACAGGGGGAGAUGGUGUCUAGACACAACUCUGGUCUGGCAGGAAAUGUGAUGGGAGAUCUACUGUAUACCAAAGAGGGGGUGCCAGUGCUGAUUGUAGGACAUCACAUUAUCUACGGGAAGCAGGUCAAACUGGAGAAACCCUUUGCUGUUCUCACCAAGCACUCGGGCCAUUCACAGGGCAGUCACAGCAGUAACAACGAUGAAAUAACACAGGAAGCAAUGGAAACAGACCAACAAGGCUCUGCUUCCACAUCUUAUUCUGUGUCCGCACUCAUUAAAACAAAACUGAUUUUUAAGAUCCGCCCCAAACCUAUCAUCACUAAUGUACCCAAGAAGGUGUAGCAGGACUACAUUUCAUUGCUGGGACAGAGUCCCUGUCUGACUUGUCUUAUUCUAAGAAGUAUUUAUACUGUGAUGGUUUCUGAUCUGAAUGUUGUUGAAGGCAGCUUUUGGAAAGCAAAAUAAGACAUCAAUGGGUUUGUCACUACCUGACUUUCUGUCCAAAUUUAAAGAAAAACUGCAAAUGAAAAUUGUCAUUUCCUUUUAAUCAUAGGAAAGACUGUAUAUGCUGGGUGGACUGAUGGACAGGUGAAGCGUGUCUGAAGGCAAAAAUUAUAUUUGUCAUAUAUAAUAACUGAUGCACUCAACCUCAACCUUCGUGCCUCGCAGCAAGAAGGUUUUCUCUUCUUCCCACAGGAUGAAGACCUGCAGUUAGUGGGUCUUAUCCUGUCUGUAUUUCCUUUCCUGGGUGUACCGCGCCUGUUGCGCCUGUGGUAGCUGGGAUAGGCUCUAAACCUGUGACCCUGAUAAGGAUAAGUGAAAGAGAUGUUUGUAACAGCAGUUUUUGUGUGCAGUCAUGAAUAUAUAUUAUAAAGAAAUACUGGUGCAGACAAAGUUUUUUAGGGGCUUUGAACCAGAAAUUAGACAUACUUUCACUUACACUUUGUUUUACUUUUAUUUUUUGUAAAAUAGAUUUAAUUAAAAUGGAUUCAUCGAGAUAAAAAUCAGAUGAUGCUAAUUGUUUUGUAGUUUUAGUUCACCUUAACACUCUGGAGGGGAAGGGCACUGCAAAUCAAUACACAUUUAUUCGGAGUAACACAUUUUGAUCGUUCCAGAGAUUUGGGAACUCUGCCAGUGCACACUGAAUUUGUUCUAGCAUCACAUAGUAGCCCAGAGUCUGAGAGCAUUUUGAACUGGACUUUAAAAAAAUAAAAAAUUAAGCACUCACACACUCUCUCACAGAUGCAGUGGAUUUGGGUUCAGUAUCUUCCCCAAAGAUACAUGCACACUGUGAGUCACUGAGCUAUCUUCUCAUCCCUUCUGUGUUUCUUUACUGUCUUUGGAUUGAUGCAGCAGUUGUAUUAUAAUAAACUGAAGUGUAGAUGAUGAAAUUGAAUGAUGUUAAAACUGAAUAAAUGUGAUGUUUGAAACAAAUACAGUUAAAAAUAAAGGUUUAUGGGCAGUUUAAGAAUAUGUACAUGAAUAAAUUCAAUUUGUA